CCCUCUCCUCUCCGUCCCUCCUCCCAGACACUUCUUCCUGGGCUUGUCGUGACGCAGGAGGACUGAACUAGGGUCCCCGCCUCUCGGUUGAAUCUCAGCUCUUGCUGUCUGCCCCCUCCUGGCCUUUCCGCCCCCACUUAUCCCCUUUAAAUAGAGGUCCUUUUCCACUAACUACCCUGCCACUGGCCUGCACAAGUCUCUGGUCCUCAGCGAUCAAGGACCAUGCGGCCCUUAAUAUUACUCAGUCUACUGGGAGCCAUGGCUCUAGGAGCUGUCACUUCUAUGCCAGUGGAUAAAGGAGACCACAUAGAAGAGAUGGUGACCCAUUGCAUAGUAGAAGUCCUUUCCAAUGCUUUAUCAAGACCAAAUGCUCCUCCCAUAAGUCUGGAGUGCAAGAAAAUCUUGAAGAAGGGUGGGCAACAGGACAAAGAUGAAACAGAAAAUGAAAGUGAAAAAUCCAAAUUUGCAGUAAGAUUGUUAAGAGACCCAACUAAUGGAGAAACUCAUAUACCUAUGAGUUUGGAGGAGGAAAACCCAGUAGAGGAAGAAUCUAAAAGACAAAUGGAAGAAAACACAGAAAAACUCCAGCAGGAUGAAGAGAAUAAGGAAGAAAGAGGAAAGUAUCAACCAAGUUUUCAUCUUCAUGAAGACCAAGACCUUAAAGAGGCAAGAAAGUACCAGCCUGAAAAUAGCAAUGAGAAAGAAAAAGAAAGAGUGGAAGGGGGGAUUGAAAAAUAUAAAAAAAAUGAUCACAAUGAAGAAGGAAGUAAAGAGAAACCUCUCUAUGAAGACUCAAGGGAGGUUAAAAAUACCUUUCUUGACAAAAGGAACCAAGCCACAGCUAAGAUCACCAAAGAGUUUGCAGCCAAAAAUAACAGAUAUUCUGUGGAACAUCCUGAGAAGACACAUAGCCGGGAAAGAAGCAGUGAAGAGAGUGAAGAGGAAAGUGAGAGUAAUAGUAAUGAGAAACGUGGCUGGGAGCCUAAAAACCUACAUGGAAGUGUAGAAUCAGCUGAAAGCGAAGAGGCUGCUGUCUCUGAAGUGACCAAACGGAGGUUAAAACCUAGACACCAUCACAGGAGAUAUAGACUGGACCAGUCCUUUGAAGAGGGAAAGGCUCACUCUGAAGAAAGAAGAAACACACUCGAGUCUGAGGAAUCAAAUGAAGACAAGGAUCAUUUCUGGGAUAAGAGAGGCCAUUACAAAAACAAUUAUGAAGACCUACAAGAGGAACCAAGUUAUCAUGAAGAGAAGGGGAAUUACCACAGGAAUAGUGAUUUUGAUGAUCUUCAGGAAGAAAGGUCAAGUGAAGAAUACAAAGAUAAGAGGCGGUACAAUGAGGAAGAAGAAGAAGAGAAAAGAAACCAUCACAACAGACAAAUUGAAGAAGUGAGACAUCAUUAUGAUGGAGAAAAUGAGGAAGGAAGGCACUUUGAUGAGAAUAAUAGCUACUAUCUUGGAGAAAGGGAACAAGAACCAGGUGUUCAUUCCACUCGUGGAAAUAGAAAUGAUAAAAGGUAUCUCAGUGAAAGAAGCAACAUAGACAAUGAAAGGAGGCAUCCUAGGGGAAAGAAAGAGCAAGACAGAAGCUAUUUGGAUCAUGAAAAGAGAAACAAUGAGGAAAGUGAUAUAGGAAAAUGGCGACAGAGAGAUGAAGAUGGUGAAAAUAAUAGAGAAGAAACAAGGCUUCAAGAAAAACAAUUUGAUGUACAUCAUGCAGAAGAAAAGAUGAAGAGAUUAGGGAUUCCAUACAGUUCUUAUUAUGAACCCUUCCAGUGGAAGAACAGACAUUUUGAGGAAAAGGAUAGAAUGAGUGAUCAGUUUCCCAAGAAUGAAGAGGAAAAUAGAUCUAGCCUAAAUGAAAAGACUUUUUUCCCUGACUAUAAUGAUUAUGACUUAUGGGACAAAAAGCCAUUUGUAGAAGACAUGAAUCAGGAGCACGAUGAGAAGAGAAGUCUUGUCACCAUCCCCAAAUAUGAUCUGAAAAGGCAAUAUGACAGAAUUGAUGAACUUGCCCAGCUUCUCAAUUACAGAAAGAAGUCUGAUGAAUUUCCAGAAUUCUAUAAUUCUGAUGAAGACAUGAGAAAACACCAAAUGGUCAGGAGUGAGAAUGGUGACCUUGGUCAGAGGCCUCUGACAGAGGAGGAGGAGAAGGAACUAGAAAACUUGGCUGCAAUGGACCUGGAAUUACAGAAAAUAGCAGAGAAAUUCAGUGGUAGCCAGAGAGGGUGACUCAUGCUAUAAAGUUUCACACCAGUGGGUACCUUUAAUAUAUAUGCACUCACACUAUUUAGUCUUGGCAGAUGCUGCCAUCAGAAAGUAUCAUUUACCCAAAGACAGUUAGUAGAGUUUACUGUUCACUCAGUGUAUUUACACAGUUGGAAAUGUCUUUAUUGUUUUUAGGAUGCUAUUGAAACUUGAAUAGCAUGAAUUUUAGCAUAUAAACUUAUAUUUGAAUAUGCUUUGUGAUGAAUGUGCUAUUGUCUUUGAGAAAUAUAUUAUGCCUCCUAAUUUGAAAAAAUAAAAAAGUAAAAUAGGACCAAA